AUGUAUCAACCUAAUAACAAUAAUAAUAAUACUUCUCAUUAUUGUCCAGAAUACUCAAUGGGGAAUUGUUCAUUAUGUAACCACACAAAUUAUGGUAAUGAAUAUUUACAUUCAGAAAACGACACUAAUAGUGAUACUUCAUUCCAAAAUUUGUAUAAUAUGUCAAACUCUUUAUCAUAUCCACUACUUUGCAGGGAAUUUCAUAAUACACUAACUACUAAUACUGAUUCUCAAAAUAUAGCUUCAGCAGAUACAAUGCAAUCAGAUAUAUCAACAAAUUAUGAUACUACAUUAUUGAUGAAUACAAUAAGAGAUUUUGGAUGGCCAUAUUUUGAAAAAUCCACUUCUGCUUUUUCAUUAUGUUCACAUGGAAAAUCCAAUUUCAGUUCAAGUUAUCGUGAUUGUCGUCUGCGUUACAUUAAACAAACAAGAAAACUACAAAAAUAUCUUCGUGUUACACCUGAAGGUCAUAUAUUAGUGAAUAAUCCGAAAAUUGAACAUCACCAUAUACUACAUCAUAGUUUACAUCAAUCACCUGGUACUCAAUCUUACAAUAAUUCCAAAAUCAAUACAUUGGAAUGUAAAGGUAACUUAAGUAAAUUUACUACAAAUGGUCAGGAUUUAUGCAAUAAUCCUUUUGGUUCAUUAAUUAGCACACCAAAAAUUAAACGUAUAUAUACAGCAUUUUGGAAUUUGGAACCACGUGAAAGUAUCUCUGUACACAAAUUACCUUCAUCAAAGACUACAACAUUUACAGAAUCAACAAAUUCAUCCCUGAAUCAUUAUACAAAUGGUUAUGAUUACUUAAAUACUACUAA